CGCGGGUGAGUGAGAUAUGGUCAUCUAGAAACAGCUGGUGAAAGAAAAAUUAUGUUCAUGACGGGUUCGAGUAGAACCCUAACAAGAUUGCAGAAGAGAGAUUGUAAUUUCAGCUGUUGAAUUUGGUUAUUCCAUAUUGAACUCAAUCUUCUCGAGCUCUGUAUCUUUGGUAAAUCGGCAGUUCGGCCACCGGAGAAGACGAUGGAUUCCGAUGAGGAGGAUUUCGUUUUCUAUGGAACUCCCGUAGAGCGGGAGGAAGGCAUCGCCAGCCGCAAGAAGAAGGCCAUUGCUGAGUCCUCUGGAAACCUGCGAUCGCUCCCCUCCUGGAAGCAAGAGGUCAGGGAUGAAGAAGGACGGAGGAGAUUCCAUGGAGCUUUUACGGGAGGCUUCUCUGCUGGAUAUUAUAACACAGCGGGUUCAAAGGAGGGCUGGACUCCACAGUCAUUUACAUCAUCCAGGAAGAAUCGUGCCGAAGUCAAACAGCAGAACAUUUUAAACUUUCUGGAUGAAGAUGAAAAAGCCGAAUUAGAGGGUCGUUCUUUGGCAGCAUCAUCCCAGUUUGAUACCUUCGGAUUUACAGCUGCAGAAUUAGCUCGGAAACAGGCGGAGAAGGAACAACAAAGCAGUAGGCCAUCAGCUAUUCCUGGACCAGUUCCUGAUGAAAUUGUACUUCCAGCUACAGAUUCAGUUGGUAUGAAUUUGCUGAAGAAGAUGGGAUGGAGGUACGGACAUUCCUUAAAAGACUCACAUAGUAGUUCACUGUAUGAGGCUCGUCGAGAAGCUAGAAAGGCCUUCCUAGCAUUUACAUCUGAUGAAGCAAAACCAGAGCUCAGUACAUCUGAACCUACUGAGGAUGGCCUUGAAAAUCUGCUGGAGCAGCCCUCAGAGAGCGAAACUAAGCCUUCUAAAAGCACACCUGUUUAUGUGCUUGAUCCGAAACAAGAUUUGCAUGGUUUGGGCUAUGAUCCUUACAAGGAUGCACCGGAGUUCAGGGAAAAGAAACGGCAACAUACUUCUGGAGGAAGAGAACAUGGGCAGAGAAGACCUUUCUCAUCAAGAGAUAACCUCUUUGGUUUCAAGUCGAAAAAUAUGGCUCCUGGUUUUGGAAUUGGAGCCCUUGAAGAACUUGAUGCUGAAGAUGAGGAUGUCUAUGGCUCUGGUUAUGAUUUUGAGGAAACUUUGAUUGAAGAAGCCGAAGAACCUUCUAAAGUUGGCAUUGAGGUGCAGGACAGCAGGCCAAGGUUGACGGGAAAGGAACAUGGAAUUCUCCCUGGGUUUAGACUUGCUUCAAAUUCUGACUAUCAGUUGGAAAGGUUUGAUCCUCCUGUGAUUCCAAAGGACUUUGAACCCCGACAUAAAUUUCCUGGACCUCUUGAAAGCAACAGCAGACUUUCUGACCCUCCUCCCUUGGAAGUUCCUCCUCCUGAGGACAGUAAUUUAAAAGUCUUGAUAGAGGGGGUUGCAACUUUAGUGGCUCGAUGUGGAAAGUUAUUUGAGGAUCUCUCCAGAGAAAAGAAUCAGUCAAAUCAAUUAUAUAGUUUUCUUAUUGGCGGAAAUUUUCAUGAUUACUAUGUGAGAAAAUUAUGGGAAGAACGGCAGAAGAGUAAUCAGACGAAGCUAUCGCUAGAGGGAAAGGAAUCUUCUGUCCCACGUAUGACAGCAGAGAGUCGAGGAAGAAUCUUAGGGGAAAGGCCUCUUGAAAGAAGCAUGGUCACUCCAACCUCAACUGAUGCUCCUGCAGACGUGAAGUUCCCUACCAAUCUUGUAGAUACAUUUACUAAAUCAGAAGUUUUUAGUGAGCUGCUUGAAGUUUCAAAACCAUUUAAAGACAAUCCUGCAAAACAAGAGAGGUUCGAGCAGUUCCUCAAGGAAAAAUAUCGAGGUGGCCUCCGUUCCACAGAUUCAGGCGGAGCUAGUUAUAUGUCAGAGAGUGCUCGUGCCCGUGAAAGAUUGGAUUUUGAGGCUGCAGCCGAGGCAAUAGAGAAAGCACGGUUGGCCAAGGAAAGUACUCCUUUCUCUCAGCGCUUUACAGAGUUUUCAGCUGGUGGGAUGCAGUUUACUUCUGCAGGAGUUGAGGAAGUUAAACCUAUCCAAACUGAAGAGUUAACGAAAAAAAUUGUCCCUAAGAGGGAAGAGUUUCAAUGGCGUCCUUCUCCUAUCUUAUGCAAGCGCUUUGAUCUCAUUGAUCCUUACAUGGGGAAGCCACCGCCAGCUCCACGAAUUCGGAGCAAGCUGGAUUCCCUCUUUUUUGUGCCUGAUUCUUUCAAAGCAUCUGGAACUGAAGAAAAGGUUACUUCCAGAAGAGAUGCUUCGACAGUACCCCAAUCUGAUAACCAAGAAAGCAAAAAUGUAGUUGAAGAGGAGCCAGAAGUUCAUGUGGAAAUUGAAAAUGUUGAGAGGCCGGUUGACCUGUAUAAGGCAAUUUUCUAUGAUGACUCGGAAGAUGAAGGGGAAAUUUCUGUGGCAAAUACACUGGAAAACCCAGAGAAGAAGGUUGAGGCUGCAAAUGCGACACUGAACCGUUUGAUAGCUGGCGAUUUUCUGGAAUCAUUGGGCAAGGAACUUGGUCUGGAGGUUCCACCUGAGCUACCUCCCGCAACAAAGCAAGCCAAGAAUGCAUCCCAGAAGGAAGUUGGCCACGACAAUAAGAACAACUUUAGUGAUCCCAAACUCACCCAGGAAGGUGUGCUGUUAGAGAUCAAAGAACCUGUUCACACCCUGGCCAGAGGCGGUGAGAAACCGGCAAGUAAUGACUCACCUGAGAAGAGAUCUGGAGAUCUUAAUAUGAAUUUGGUGCCUCCAAACGAGAACACAGUGAGAAAUUCAUCUAAUCGGCAUGAAGAGAAACUGGAUAGCUCAUCUUCGGAAGACGAGAGGAGUAGAAGAGGUUCCAGACGACACCACUAUAGUAGUGAAUCAGACAGUGAUUCAUCUAGGGAACGUCACUAUUCAAGCUCAAAGAGAAGGAAGAGGGGGUCCUCUAGAGAGAGGGAAAAGCGGAGCAGCAGAAGGAAACACUCGAAGCGUAGGAAACAUCGGGACAAAGAUUCUCCUGAGAGAUCGCAAUAUAGAAGUGAGAGGGAACGGGGAGAAAGCAAGAGGGACAACCGAAGAUGAAAAGGUCUGGAAUUUGAAAUGGACUUAUAUCAGAUCCAAAUAUUCAUUGAGAAGGCUGUAAAUGGCUCUGUUCCUAAAUUUUCUCUGGGGCUGUCGGAGCAGUAUGUGUGGCCGGUAAAGCUGAUGAUUCGAGGUUCUUCCUGUAGUGUCCCCUAUAUAUGCUUUUCGGGAUAGUUCUGUGCUCACUCAAGUAUAGAUACUUUUCCGUUCUGCUUCAGUGAUCAGCUCUCGUGGAGUUUUCAGGAAAUCGUGAGAUAUCUCGAUGUAGAAGAUUUACUUGUUAGAAAAGGUAUUGGCAAAACAAAGAUAUAGGCAAAGAACAGUGAUAUGCAUGUGUUAUCGGCUUUUCGGUACUUUGGUUGGUGCAACCUCUUUGUUGGCUCGAUGAGGGUUGAGAAAUCUAUCCUUGCUAUUCAUGCUUCGAUUUCAACUGAA